CGAGAGUAAGGAAGCCGACAGGGGACCGCGCGAGGCCGACCUGCGGCAGCUCGGAGGAGUCCGGAAAGGCCCGCCCGGGGGGUCCUGGGAGUGACGUGAGGUGACGCGGGGCUGGUGGCGUAGGCGGCCGCCAUGCUGCGUCCCGUCCUCUAGCCUGCGGCUGCCCCGCUCCGCGCCGGCCCCGCGGCCAUUUUGGGCUUCGCGUCGACCCCUGCCCCGCCUGCGCAGCCCUUCCGGGGUCGCGCCGCCAGGGGCUAUAAGGGCUCGUCCGUCGGGGGCGGGCGCCGCGGUCGCCGCAGGGGGGGGCCUCGCGCGCACCGGGCGCCCCCGCUCCGCCAGGAUGAGCGUCCCCUCGGCCACUGCGCCCAGCGCCUGCCGCCCCGGACCGUGCUCUGCCGCCCGCGGCGGAAGCCGCUCCCCCGCGUGGCUCCUCCGCUGGCCCGGGGAGCGGCCUGGGGCCCCGACGCGGCCGCGCGGCGAGGCCGAGACUGCUUAGGCCCCUCGGGCCCGCGUCCGACCUGCGUCCCGGGGAGAGCGCCGCGCGCCGGGGGAUGGAGCCGGCAGCAGACGCCUCGCGGCCACGGCCGGGCUCUCGGCCCCGCCUGCCCUUCCCCCCGCGGCGCCCGCGGCCCGGCCCUGGCGAGCUGCCCGCACCCCCCGCGGCGGGGCAGUCCGGGGCCCGCAGACCGGCUGCUUCCCCGCAGCCGCAGGCGCAGGCGCAGGCGCAGGCGCAGGCGCAGGCGCAGGCGCAGGCGCGGGCCGACCCCUGGGCGAAGCUGCUCGCCCAGCUCCUGGCGCCGCUCCCCUGCGUGCUUCGGAAGCUGCUCCUGUGGGGCCAGGAUCCGCGGUGGCUGGAUCCUGCCGGGGGCUGCGGCGCCGUCCGAGCGCUGAGGGCUCGGGAGGACGCGGCCGGGCCCGCGGCGCGGAGGCCCGUGUGUCCGCCGCGGCCCGCCCCGCUGGGCAGCCCCGCGGCCCGGCCCCUCGACUGGCUGCCGGAGGGGAUGCACUGGCAGCGCCCGCGCCCAGAUCCGGGGCUGGGGCUGGGGCUGGAACUCGAACUCGGAGCCGAGGCCAGAGCUCCGGACCGGGCGGCGGGCGCUCUCGUGCCGGGGCAGCGGCUGUGGGCGGUGGAGCUGUUGCCGAGCGGCCUCCAGGCCCAGCUGUGCGCUGCCCGCGAGCUCGGCCCCGCGCCUCCGGGCCGCCUAAGCGCUCGGCGUCUAAGCAGUUUCAGCGCCGUCUCCUGUCGGUCGGGCCCCACCGAUGUGCGCUGCUCGCCGCGGGGGCGGCUCGGCUGUCGGAACGGCGUCGGGAGCGGCGAUGUAGCCGAGUUCCAGAGCCUCGGCCCCGGCCCCGGCCCCGGCCCCGGCCGCGAGCGCCGCCGUCUGCCCGAGGACGCUGAGGCUCCCGAGCGGCCCGAGGCCGAGAGCGCUUGCGCCUCCUGGCAGGGAUGCCCGCCCGCGUCUGCAGAGGGCCGGCCAGAAACCCACCAGCCUCGCUUGAAACGGCUGGACUUCCUCCGGCAGGCCUGCAAGGGGCAAGCGGUGCCCACCCCGGAGCAAGAUAAUGGCUACCACAGCCUGGAGGAGGAGCAGAACUUGUCCCGGACGGACCUGAAGCCCUGCGGGGACAGCCCCGCGCAGUGUGUUCCCUCUGCUGCACUCGUUCCCGCAACGGCCCGGGGACCCGGCGAGGAAGACCUUGUGUCAUUGGCUGAAGAGGCUCCACUUGCUUGGGAGAAACGGGGCCCUUGGGAGGGCUGUCUGCGCGGCCAGGACCCCCUCGGGGUCGGGGACUGCUCGGACCUACAAGGCCACAUCCCCGCUUCCACCAGACCGGCCUGUAGCAACAGACUGAUAGACUACAUUUUGGGGGGGGGUGCGCCCAGUGACCCGGAGACAGGCUCUGACUCCGGAGGUGAGGACCGGGACCGGGUCGAGGAAGCCGGAGACGACGACGAGGACGACGACGAGGACGAGGACGACGACGAGGACGAGGACGACGCCGGUUUUGGUGGUGAUGGCUCACUGUCAGAAUCAGACCUCGAGCAAGGCCCUGAAGGGCUUCGCCUCUGCAACUCUUUCCGCAGCGUGGAUCCUUACGACCCCCAGAACUUCACGGCGACGAUUCGGUCCGCUGCCACAGCUGUCCCGGGAGACUCUUCGGACUCGGAGAAGAAUUUGCCUGACAAGUCUGAUCUAGAGAAUUCUCCCCAGACCGGAAGCCUCCCUGGGUCUCCUGACCUCGAUCCCGGGGAGGAAGACGACUGGGAGUCUAGUGCGGACGAGGCAGAGAGUCUCCAGCUGUGGAACUCCUUCUGUGAUUCCCAAGACCCCUACAACCUUUUAAAUUUUAAGGCCCCUUUUCAGACAUCAGGGAGAGAUUGGAAGGGCUGUCGCGACCCCGAGAAGCCGUCUGAGCCCGCUGUGGCCAUUUCUGAUGGUCACACCUUCCUGUCUUGUGAGCUGCGACUGUCAGGGGGCCGAGAAAGUGAAGGUCCAGACUCGGUACAGGGCGGAGUUCUUCCUGGAAGGAGACACACGCGUGUCCAGAGAAAAAAGGUAACCUUCCUUGAAGAAGUUACUGAGUAUUAUAUAAGUGAAGAUGAGGACCGCAGAGGACCAUGGGAACAAUUUGCACGGGAUGCGUGCAGAUUCCAGAAACGAAUUCAAGAAACAGAAGAUGCUAUUGGAUAUUGCUUGACAUUUGAGCACAGAGAAAGAAUGUUUCAUAGACUCCAAGAAACCUGCUUCAAAGGACUUAAUGCUUUCAAGCAAUGUUAAGAUGAUUUGACGGCCUCUAACUCAAGCAUACGCUAGCUACCUCUUACUUGAGAGGUUUCUUUUACAAAAAUUGGCAGCUGUCCUUUUUUUUUUUUUUUUUAGAGGAUAUGCAACUUGGAUCCAGUGACCUAGUUUAAUUUUUUUUUUUUUUUUUUGUAACUGAUCCCACUCAGAAAUGUCCAGGUUUGAAGACAAGUCCUGGUAAAUGAAGGAUGAGAUGGUGUGAUUUGUAAUCCUCCCUUUUUUGAUUUAGUUGGAUGUAUUUUGAGUGUACUAUGCUUGCUGAGGCCAAAAGGGGACCUUUGAAGGUGGGAUUUUGUAGUUCAAAAUUUAUUUCCUUGGGAGACAAUAUAUAUAGGGUUCACAAAGCCCAUUUUUUCCAUUCUAAUUUUAAAUUAUGUGUACCUACCUGAAAACCUUGGGCUCUCCCCAUCCAACAUUCUAAAGUUAAUGGGCUUUUAUGUUUUCUCUCUGUAUUUUUAUUUCAGUGAUGUGGUCCUUCUAACUUUGAGGUUAAGAAAAUAAUCUUGUAUAUGCUACCAACUUAAAUUAUUUUGUGUCAAGUUUGUUAAAAUGACAUUUGUUCUCAAAAUGACUUGGGGUGAACGUAUGUGGUGGGUUUUUAUUUCAAGGUUAAGUUCUACCUGAGAUAUUUCCAAGGACUGCCACAGAAUUUAACAUGCGUGGUACUCUCUGCUGCUUGGGAAAAGCUGCAUCUUUCUGCCAAAUUUUAACCAUCUCACACGUUUCACUUCUGUGCAACCUGUUUCUUGGAGUGGGUGCUGUGUGUGUCACUGUCGUCCCAGUUCCAUGGUUCUUUGUAUGUUUCACGUUGUAAGACUCCAGAAAGGAAUAAUUGCAUCGUAGACAUUUCUUCUUUAAAUUUAAAAGUCAAGAAUUUUCUUAGGAAGGAAGCUAGGAGACUUCUCGGGGCAAUUUGGUUUUGUUGUACAUGCUCUCGACAGAAGACCAGUGUUAUUAAUCCCAUGCUUCAGCACCGUCACUUUUCAAACCUGUCAGGGUGACACUAGAAACUUGGAAAUGGGUAGUUAUGAAUUUCCCAGUUUGCAGUGUAAAAUACAGACUCCGUCAGCGUCCACACCUGUUGUGUUCUACGUAGUGAGAGAAGUAAUUUGUCUCUACUUUCAGGAAAGGACAGUACUGUAGACUUAAUAAUGGCAAGUCUUCCUAAUUUUAGCCCAAAGCUUCCUUUUGAAUGGAGGGCUUUGCGGGGGCUGGUUGUCCUUGGUUUAUGUCCUUGGCUCUCCCUGGUCUGCCUCGGUUAGGCUGAGGCAGUGUUAGCAGCUCCUUGGUGGUCUGUUUUUACCCCCACGUGCCCCUUGUUGUAGGUAAUAGAAAACACGAGUAGAACAGGUGACCUCUCGAGUUUGAGCUUAUCUCGGUGUGGGAACAGAUUUUUUUGUCAGAAGUGCUUGCAGAGUUAACUACCUCAGUUUACAAUCUACCCGGUCGUUCUUUUCUAUCUGGUUUGCUCUAAGAACUGCCUCCAGCGGUAAUAGGUAUAUCCGUAAACAGCCACGCCCAGAGCACUCAGAUUUUUGCAGAGCCCUCAUUCAGCGCGUGUUGUGCACCUCCAGGGUAGGUGGUCACAGGGGACACCCUUGCAGAGUCCUGCUCUAACACCGUGAGGACAGGCUGGUUUCUGGCACCAGCUGUGUCAGCUGGAAAGAAGGCAUCCUCUGCCUUAAAAAGCGCUUUCUGAAAAUGUAUAUUCAUCCUUUUAAAACCAGACUGAAGUAUAUACUGUUUUACUUCACAGGCUUAGUCUGAAAUCUAGCACCUCCGCAUAUUUGAAAAUAAUGGGAUAGUUUGACAUCGACUGGAUUUUAGAGACUUGUUCCCUUGGGAUUCCAGCCUCACCACCAAAUGAGUAGAAGCUUGGUGAAGGAUUCUCCCAUUUACUACCCUCCUUUAAAAGAAGUGAUAGAGACAGGGCUGUUUUUUAAGUUGGACUGAAGGAGAAAAAAAUUCUUGUCCUUUCAUCCCAAUCCUAGUUGUUAGAACACAGUUAAACUUGGAAGUUGUGAUUGAACAUUGUACACAUUUUAAGUCUUGCAAUGGUGCUUUAAGUAUCAAUGUAGCAUGUGAAAGGCGUUGUAUAGACAGGUAAAAUUUCCUUUUCUGAGUGUCCAAUGUGAUAACAGCACCUCUUCAUCUUUAACUUGAAAUCAAAACUAUCAGAUUUUAUUUUUGUAUAAUUUAAGGAAGGUGAAUUUAGGGGACUGACUAGAAGACUCUAAAUUGGCUUCUACAGAUCCAGUGACUUAAAUGUAACCAGUUUGUUGGGAUUUUAUAGCUAAAAUUAUAUUUGUGUAUAUAACUUUAACUAAUCUGUAAAUUGUAAUAAAUAUAUUUGCAAUUAUUAAAUGUUACAUGAUAUUUUGGUUCAA